AAUGAAUUCAACCAUUAGAUAACCACUAUCACUACAUAACUCAAUUGAUAAGAGAGAGAAUAGACCUGAAACUAAGCAGGAUGCAAAACCAUUCUCAUUCAUAAAACCAGGUAUAUCAAAUUAUCAACCAUUGUCAUAAUCAAAUACUUAAUUACCUCCUUAAUCUCCUAUGACUAUACCACAAUAGAUUUCUAAAUAAUCAAAGCCCAAUUGUUCAAUUUAAGAUCUGGAAACUUUUAUAAAGGAAAUAGAUAGAUUACAAAUAGAGAAUCAAAAAUUGAAAGAAAAGACUUAAGAACCUUAAAUAGUAGUCCAAUAAGAUCCAAAAUUAGUACUGGAAAAUCAAGAACUUAAAGUAUAUAUUUUAAUAUAUAAAUUAUAGGAUUAAUUGGAUUUCCAUAAACACAAAUGUGAAUUAUAAGAGAAGAGUAAUAAUGAUGCAGUAAGAUAAAUUGAUUUAAGUUGGAAAUAAGAUAUAGCUAAUUUGAAAUACUCAAUGGAAUAAUAAGAAUCAAAGCACAGAUAAGCUUUGAAAUAAGAAUAACUAUAGGCAAAAUAGGAAAUUGCUAGACUUUAAUAGAACUUAUCAUAACUUUCUAGUUCAGAUAAUAAGAAUUAAAGUCUUGUUUAAGCAUUAGUAAAUAUUAUAAUUAAAUUAUAGGAAACUUAAUUAAUAAAUUUAAAGAAAAAUAAUAAUAUUUUAGAAGAAAAGUUGUCAUAUGCAAUUUAAUAAUUUGAUUCAUAAUCAAAAGAUUAAGAGUUUACUUUAUUAAAAUAAUAAGCUGUAAUUGGUUCAUAGGAACAACAUGUAACUGAACUAAAGAAUAAAUUAACAUAGUAAAGAGAAUAGAAUUAAGAAAUUUGUUAAUAAUUAAAUAAAUACAAGGAUGUAGCUGAAACUAAGAGUGCAAGUGAGUCUAUUUUAUAAAACAAAUUGAAAUUAAUUGAAAGUGAUUUUGAACAUUUGUCUUAAACUUAUAAUGAACACAAGGAUUCAUUAUAAUAAAAGAUAAGUGAUUUGACUUCUAUGUAUGGAAAAUCUUAAGAAUAGAUUUGCCUUUUAUAAUAAUAAUAAACUAAAGAGCAGAAUUAAAUUAAAAAAUUAUAAACUACUUUGGAAAAUUAAGAGAAAAAUCAUUAAAAUGAAAUAAAUGAUCUUCAUAAAUAAAAAUAAAUGUUGAUUUAAUUUUUAGAAUAAGAAUUAUUAGGUUAUAAGGAAUAAAAUUAAUAAAUGAAAUUAAUGAAUUAGAAAUUGGAAACUUAAUAUAAGGAAAAUCAAUAAUCAUAUUAAUAAAAUUUUAGAGAAUUAGAAUGUAAAACUAAUAUGUUAGGAGAUGAAUGUACUAGACUCAAUAAUAUCAUUAAAUAAAAAGAUGAGUAAGUUUUUAGAUUGUAAGUUUAAUUAAAAGAUUUGAUGAAUCUUAAUGGAAAAAAUUAAAAUUAAGAAUAAAUCUUAGAAACUUUAUAAAUUAAAGAAGGAGAAAUUAAUAUUCUAAAAUAAUAGAAUGAUAGUUUGAUAAGUGAUUUAUCAAGGUAAGCUGAAAAUUAUAGAAAUCUAGUAUAAUAACAUAAAUAAUUGUAGAAAUACUCUGAAGAAGUAAAGAUGAAUAAUAUAACUAUAAAUGAAUUUUAGAGUAAGUGUGAAUUAUAAGAUAAGGAGAUUGAAAGAUUACGUUAGAAAGUCUUAGAAAAAUCUUCAUUAUUAGAAAAAGUAUAGAAAGAGAAUUUGGAAUAUUAAGCUAAGCUAAAAUCAAAGUUAAGAUGAU